AUGGGUGAUGUGAUAAUGGCGGAAAAGGGAGAUGGUAGAGCGAGUGAGGACAUAGAAGAAACAAGCAAGCGGUUGUUCAAACUUUGCAUGAACGGUGAGUGGACGGAAGUGGUGGCAACGUACGAGAAGGACAAGAAGGCUCAAACAGCAAAAAUAACGAGGACAGGUGACACUGCAUUGCAUGUCGCCGUCAACGACCGCCAAUGCGACAUCGUGAAAAAACUGGUGGCGCUUAUUCGUGACAAGGAAAAGGGUGAACGUGAGGCACUGAGAAUCAAGAACGAGAGAGACAACACGGCCUUGCACUUUGCGGCUUCGAUCGGGAGCAGGAAAAUGUGUGAGUACAUUGCUUCAGAUGAGGCUUCGUUGCUGAGUAUGCGCAACGUUGAUGGCGAGACACCUCUCUUUCUGGCUGCUCUCCAUGGCAGAAAAGGAGCUUUCCUUUUCCUUCAUUAUCGAUAUACCUCUGACAACACCGACCGCUACAGCUACUGUAGAAGAUAUGAUAGUGACACAGUUCUUCAUUCUGCCAUUGCCGGAGAUUAUUUUGCUAUAAUCGUGAAGAAACUCACAGAACCAGAACCACACCCUACUGAGGACCAACUUCCAAUAACUGAAGAAGAAAAUUUCAGUUAUCCGAAAAAUUUCGAGACAUGUAUGGAUCUUUUGACGGUGGUAAAAGUUGUGACCACGCCCUUGACACAUUUUCUACGUAAAAUUUUGCCGCAUGGUGGAACAGAAAGAGACCUCGAAGCAUCGAAAAAGACUGCUACAAAUAAUGAAGCGGAAACAAAAUCUCCAGGGUCUGAAACCAGCGAUUGGCAACAUCCAUUAUUUCCCCCCAAUUACCAAAGAUGUGUAGAUUUGUUCAAGAUUGUAUUUGUGAUCAUGUCGGUUAUCUUUGGAACAGGGUCAGCAAACAUAAAGAGGAUAACUAGAAGGAAGGAAAAACAAGUGUGGUCCGCUCAAAUAGUAGAUGUUCUUCUGGCAAAAGCUUCCACGUAUGAGUAUGCUGACGAUGGCAGCGUACCCGAGCAAAAAUUGGAGAAUAAAGAUCACCACACAAACCCUUAUUGUUUUGAUGAGUGGGGUAAUGUUACUUGGGACCGUAACACCGAAGACAAGCAACAAAAGAAUGGUAUAACACUAUUUCUGAACGAGAAGAUUAACAUGGAAGAAAAGGUGCGUGAGACACCGAUAUUAAUAGCUGCAAAGAACGGAGUGACAGAAAUGGUAGAGAAAAUCAUGGAGUCGUUUCCUGUAGCUGUUCAUGAUAUGGAUGCGAAUAAGAAAAAUAUAGUGUUAUUGGCAGUGGAGAACAGGCAAACCUACUUAUAUGACUUAUUGCUCAAGAAGAAAAAUCUGAAGGAGAGUAUAUUCGGGAGUGUGGAUAACGAAGGAAACAGUGCUUUGCAUUUGGCAGCCAAGCUUGGAGACUAUAAACCUUGGCUCUUUCCUGGCGAAGCCCUGCAAAUGCAUUGGGAAAUCAAGUGGUACCUGACGGUACAACAAAAAAAACAAGACACCAAGAGAUAUUUUCAGCGAGACUCACAGGGACCUUCUCAAGAGUGGUGGAGAAUGGCUAAAAAAACCUCGGAAUCCUGUUCCGUGGUAGCAGCACUGAUAGCCACGGUGGCAUUUUCCACUUCCACCACUGUCCCCGGUGACUUUAAAGAUGACAUAGGGACCCCAACUCUUGGAUACAGACCAGAUUUUAAAGUCUUUGCCAUCUCAUCUCUCAUUGCUCUAUGCUGUUCUGUCACCUCAACGGUGAUUUUCCUCUCAAUACUCACAUCUCGGUAUCAAGAGCGUGAUUUCGAGGGCAAACUCAAAUCAGUUGCAUUCCCUGUCUAUGCCGUGACAUGCCUGCCGGUGACACUUUUUGCCUUGGCUCAAUUUCCACUCUACAUCGAUCUCAUAUUGGCUACUUUAAAGAAAGUGCCACAACGUGGCUACAAAACCCCUCUACAAUAG